GAAAAGCAUCUUAGGCUGGUGCAUGCUGCAGAGUGAGCUGUGCAGCGCUGCUGGGAGAAGAAAGCAGAAGAGACCAGGCAGCCAGUCUUGUGAGAAAUCCUGACGAUGGCCAAAGACGAUUCCACUGUUCGUUGCUUCCAAGGCCUGUUGAUUUUUGGACAUGUGAUUGUUGGUAUGUGUGGCAUCGCCCUGACAGCAGAGUGUAUCUUCUUUGUAUCUGACCAACACAGUCUUUACCCACUUCUUGAAGCCACCAACAAUGAUGACAUCUUUGGGGCAGCUUGGAUAGGCAUGUUCGUAGGCAUCUGCCUCUUCUGCUUGUCCAUUCUAGCCAUAGUAGGAAUUAUGAAGUCCAACAGGAAAAUCCUCUUGGCGUACUUCAUCAUGAUGUUUAUAGUGUACGGCUUUGAAGUGGCAUCUUGCAUCACAGCAGCAACACAACGAGACUUUUUCACAACCAACCUCUUCCUGAAGCAGAUGCUGGUGAGGUAUCAAAACAACAGCCCCCCAACCAAUGAUGACGAAUGGAAGAACAAGGGUGUCACCGCGACCUGGGAUAGGCUCAUGCUGCAGGACCACUGCUGUGGUGUAAACGGACCAUCAGACUGGCAGAAAUACACCUCCGCCUUCCGGGUGGAGAACAACGACGCUGACUACCCCUGGCCUCGGCAGUGCUGCGUCAUGGGCAAGCUUAAGGAGCCUCUCAACCUGGACGCUUGCAAACUCGGUGUGCCUGGUUAUUACCACAGUCGGGGCUGCUAUGAACUGAUCUCUGGACCAAUGGACCGGCAUGCCUGGGGAGUCGCCUGGUUUGGAUUUGCCAUCCUCUGCUGGACUUUUUGGGUUCUCCUGGGCACCAUGUUCUACUGGAGCAGAAUUGAAUAUUAAGCACACGGUGUCUCUACUGUACCUCCCUCCCCGGGUGACUUUGAACCUGGUGCUGGAACCUGCUGUUUCGUGACACGCCCUCUGUGUGCUCCAUUGUGACGUGUGCUUGUCUCUAAUGCCAGUUCGGGUGGAAUGGGUUUCCUUUAGGCUCUCAAGAUGCUGCAAUCCUUAGCAGAAAUAUUUCUCAUCCCUGCCUAAGAGUCCACACCAUAUUUAUAUACUAUGAGACAGAAAGUGUACUGUAUAUGUACUCUAUGUACUUAUAUGUACUAUAUAAGAAAACUUGGAGAGUGGCGAUGACUCUCAUGCCUGUCUAUGUUUAUUUAAUGUGGGAGCACAAUGAUAUUCAAAGGAAGUGCUCAGACUUCCUUCCAUGCCCUGAGGAGUGAUAUGCAUUUAGCAACCCCACCCUCUGUUCAUUGAGUGUAUGUAAACUUCGGGGGCAUUGAUCGUGCCCAUUUUGCAUCAGCUCAGUCUCUGCCCUCAAAGCUUUCAACCUGCAACACUUUUCAAACCAUGGGACCCAUGCCAGCUAUUCCAACAGGUGAUUUAUGGGGACUUUUGUUUGCUGCCAAAAUAGUUUGCUUGCAUUAACGGUCCCCAAGGAAGUCCUGACAAGUCACCAUUUGUUUGCUUAUCCAUAAAUAAAGAAGCCCAUAAAAUAUG